CCUCCAGCUUGUUCAGAUCGUCGUCUGAGCAGGACGGGGCAAGCGCACGGGGCUGCUUGGGACGGUCCAGCUCACCCGGCAGACACAGCGCAGGGUCACGCAGCUCAUCUGGGCACGGGGAGAGCCAGCCACGUGCAGAGACCGGACCCUGCCGUAGAUGCCAGGGACCCAAGAAGAACCUGGGCCGUGGUGGACAUGCCAUGACUGCGAGCUGCCAAGAAUGGCCACGGAGGGACCCUCGGAUGUGGGAGAAGAGAGGCAAGGAGGCGAUCUCGCCCCGUGGAGAGCGGUGAUGUGGUUGAGGCUGUGCAGGAGGUGCUGGUACGCCGCAGCGAAGCCACUGCCCGGCCCCGAGGGCUGCGAAAGUGCCCGAUGGGAGAUGGAGAGGGCACAUCAUCAAGACCCCGGGCUGGGGCCGCAGGGGCGCAUCAGAGGGAGAAGGCAGAAGAGGAGCCAUGGCUGGGAGCCGCAGCCAGGCCAGAGCCGCAGCCAGGCCUGGGGCGGGCGCGAGGUCCGGCCAGAUGGGGACGUGAUGCGGCUGGAGGGAAGCGCAAAACCUGGCGUGUGCCCCGACGAAGCCAAAGAGGCGGCAAACUGCACUGAGGGCUGCCAGGAUGACGGCAACUGCAAUGGCAACCUCAAGUGCUGCCUGACGGCGUGCGGCAUGGCCUGCCAGAUGCCCAACGCGAAGCCCGGCAACUGCCCGGAGAUGAAGCCGGGGAUCCCCAUGCUGGGGCUGUGCCACAACCAGUGCAGCAUGGACUCCCACUGCGUCAGCAGCUUCAAGUGCUGCACCAACGGCUGCGGCAGAAUGUCCUGCGUGCUGCCGGUCUUCUAAGGUGCUGCCUGGACCUGCCAGCCUCCGCCCCGGUGAAGGAAAGCUGCUCCGCUAUGGCCCUCCCUGCACGGGGUCCCCGGGUCCCAUCCCGGCCGCUGGCGCUUGCUGCGCAGAGCGCCCGUCCUGGCCCCGUCCUGGGCAUUCGCUGGAGCCCUGUGCACUCUUGCCAAUAAAGCAGCCUCUCCCACAGCCCUGACA